UGAUCUCACUUCACGUAGAGUACAUUUUUAAAAAAAUCUAACCUAAUAUUCUCUCCCAUAGGCCGUAAUGUAAAUAGUUUAUUUCUACAUUUUUAUAAGUACCUAUAAUUGUGAUUUUUCACUUCUCCGGUAAAAGAAAGCAAUACUAAUUCACCUAAAGGGAGAUUACAUUUACCAUGUCAGGUUCUGAAACAGAUGAAAGUCAACAUGAACUGUCUUAUUACGCAAAAGAUAAGGUCAAAUUAAUGAAAGAAACCUUAAAAAUUAUUAAACCUAAAAAAAUUAAGGCCAUGGCACCUGAAUGCAUAAAGCAUUUGGGUAUUGCAGAAAUUAAUUCAAUGUUACUGGAGGAACUGCUAGGAAUAUCCAAUAAAAGACUUACCUACAUUUUUAAUGGCGAAGAUGUAGACAGGGAAACGAGUUCAUCUGACUCUGAAGAAGACAAAAUAGAUAUAAUUUCCUUAGAUGAUAUUUCGGACGAUGACAGUUUGGACCUUACUAGUACUCGUUCGAAACAAAAAUCUUGCGAAGAUUCGUCAAAGAAGAAUAAGUCACUUAAAAGAAAAUUAGAGAAAGGCAACGAUGUAAACAUUAAAAAGGAAAGGACCAAAAAAAGAACUAGCACAGUUCCUAAGCAGGACGUAAUCAAUGAGUCUGAAAAAUCUAAGCUAAUGAGUGUUUUAGAGUUGCUCGAGUUACAAGCAAGGGCAAGAGCGAUCAGAUCCCAACUAGCUAUCGAGGCGGAAAAUUCUAAAAGUGGUAAAUCAAGACAAGAAAGUAAGGCAGUAAAACAAGAAGAUUCAGAUUCAGACGCAGUUAUAAUCAAUAGCCCUAGUCACAAUGAAAUAAUUAUCACUUCCGAAUCUGAGCGGGAAAAUGAAGAUGCAACAACUGUAACAAAGACAGUAUCAUCAAAUGAAACAAAGCAGAAGGAUGCCGAGUCAGAUAUUAAACAAAGAAAAGAAAAGCUGUUAUCAAAAUUGCAAAAGAUUAAAUUAAUUCGUCAUAAAAAUACUGCUACAACUGAAACUUCUGAGAACGUUCGCCCUCUGUUAGAAAAUAUUACAAAUCCGGAUACAGAUACACCUACAGAACAAAAUAAAACUGAGCCUACAACUGUUGUUGAUACAUGUGUGGAGAAAGAUAUAGAUCACUGUGAUAAUGACGAAAUAGUGAUUAAUGUAGACGAAGAUGAAAUUGACAGCAUGGAUAACGUACAAGUAAGAGUAGAGAAAUCGGUAAAAUUGCAAAAAAUAAAAUUAAUUCGUGAUAAACUGGCUACCAAUGAAACCAAGAUCGAUGACAAUGCUUGUUCACAAAAAUUAGAAAGAACAGAACAAACAAAAGAUGAAUCUUGUGAUGCGAAGGGUAGGAUGGAAACUUCUAGUCUUGAUUUAAAAACUGGUUCCAUUAAAGAUAUAAACUGUUGUGAUAAUGACGAAAUAGUGAUUAAUUUGGACGAAGAUGAGAUGGAGAGUAUGGAUAAUGUUUAGUGCUUAGGUACUAUAUCCAUAAAACUUGAUACUUUUGUAAGUAGAUACGAUCAAUGGCAUAGGAGAGGGUUGAGUAAUUGUGCGCACCCUGGUAUUUCAAAACUUGACUAGUUUAUAAUGCAAAAAUAUGUUUCCAGGUAAUCCAGUUUAUAGGUACAAUUACCAAACUCCUGUAUUGAUUAAGCACGUAAUGAUGUAAUGACCUAUGUAAAUAAAUCCACAAAGAAAAUUUA